UAGUUGAAAAAUCCGUUAGCCAUCCGGAGCCUUUUAUUAAACAUUCUGAGAGUCCAAAUGAGCAGCAGGAUUUCAAGGAUGGUGGAGAAGGGAUGGUAUUACUCUCAAAGACCAUAUUCUUUAGAAAUAAUUGUGUUUGUGUGGAAGAACACUCCCAGAACCAUAAUGAAUACAGAGAAACAAAUGGUAAAUCUGCUCUCAUUGGCCAAGAAAUACUUCAGGGCGUGAAGAAAACACCUGAAUGUAAUGUAUGGGGGAAAACAUUCUACUUCAGACCUACAGUUAGUACACAUCAGAGAAAACACACUGGAGACAAUCCCUGUUCAUGGAGUGAAUGUGAGAAGUUUUUUAGUAAGGAAAUAAACCUUAGUAACCAUUGGAGCAAAUAUCUAGAGGAGAAGUCUGAUUCUGAUAAUUAUAACAAAUGUGGAAGGAAACCUUAUGAAUGUAAUAAAUGUGGGAAGUCUUUUUCCAGGAAAGCAUACUUUAGUGUUCAUCAGAAAACAUGCACAGGAGUGAAACUUCAUGAAUGCAACAAAUGUGGAAAGUUCUUCACUGCAAGAUCAACUCUAAGUAGACAUAAUAGAGUUCACACAGGUGAGAAACCUUAUGGUUGUAACAAAUGUGGAAAGUCUUUUACCCAGAGGUCAGUUCUAAAUAGACAUAAUAGAACUCACACUGGUGAAAAACCUUAUCAAUGUAACCUAUGUGGAAAGUCUUUUACCUUGAAGAUACACCUUACUUUGCAUCAGAGAACACACACAGGAGAAAAACCUUAUGAAUGUAACAAAUGUGGAAAGUCUUUUGCCAGGAAAGCAUACCUUACUGUUCAUCAGAGAAUACACACUGGAGAAAAACCUUAUGAAUGUAACAAAUGUGGACACUCCUUUGCCAGGAAAGAGUACCUUAGAGUGCAUCAGAGGACACACACAGGAGAGAAACCUUAUGAAUGUAACAGAUGUGGAAAGUCUUUCACCCAGAAGGCAAAACUUAGUGUUCAUCAGAGAACACACACAGGAGGGAAUCCUUAUGAAUAUAAACAAUAUGGAAAGUCUUUCACCUGGAAGGCACACCUUAGUGUUCCUCAGAAAACACACACAGACGUAAAACCUCAUGAAUGUAACAAAUGUGGAAAGUCUUUCACCCAGAAGGCAUACUUUAAUGCUCAUCAGAGAAUACACACAGGAGAGAAACCUUAUGAUUGUAAGAAAUGUGGAAAGUCUUUCACCCAGAAGGUAUAUCUGAGUGUUCAUCAGAGAACACACACAGGAGAGAAACCUUAUGGAUGUAACAAAUGUGGAAAGGCCUUCAUAGACAGGUCAAGUCUAAGAAGACAUGGUAGAAUUCACACAGGUGAAAAACCUUAUGAAUGUAACACAUGUGGAAAGUCCUUUACCCAUCUGUCAACACUCAACAAGCAUAAUAGAAAUCACACAGAGGAGAAACUAUGAAUAUAAUAAAUGUGAGUAGUCCUUCACUCAGAGAUCACACCUCUGCUUGCAUAAUAGAAUUCACACAGGUGAGAAAAUUUGUGAAUGCAACAAAUGUGGAAAGUCUUUCAUGCACAAGUCAACCCUCGAUGUGCAUCAGAGGACACACCCAGAAGAAACCUUAUGAAUGUAACAAAUGUGGAAAAUCUUUCUUUCAUGCAUAAGUAUUCUCUUCAAUGUGCAUCAAAGAAUAUCCACAGAGGAGAAACUUAUGAAUAUAACAGAUAUGGAAAGUUUCACCCAGAAGGCAAUGCUUAGUGUUCAUCAGAGCACACAUGCAAGAGGAAAACCUUAUGAAUGUAACAAAUGUGGAAAAUCUUCCAGCCAGAAGUAAAAUCUCAGAGCAUGUGCCAGAGAACUGACUCUUCAU